ACUAUUGGUUUCAGGGCGGGAGCUGCACGACUAGUGGAAAGGAGAAGGGAUCAGGAGCGGGAGCUAAGGGGAGGGAGAGGCCGGUUCGGGUCUAGCCGCUACCGCUGCUCGCCUGAGGUUUCCGCGUGCUGCGGCUCUGUCCUCGGUUCCUGGUUACCGUCUGCGAGGCCCCGCCGAGCCAGCGUGGGAGGGCCGCAGGCGGCAGGCGCCGCAUCAUGUCAGCCAAGGACGAUCGGGCCAGGGAUAUCCUGAGAGGCUUCAAACUAAAUUGGAUGAACCUUCGGGAUGCUGAAACAGGGAAGAUACUCUGGCAAGGAACAGAAGACCUGUCUGUGCCUGGUGUGGAGCAUGAAGCCCGUGUGCCCAAGAAAAUCCUCAAGUGCAAGGCAGUGUCUCGAGAACUGAACUUUUCUUCAGCAGAGCAAAUGGAAAAAUUCCGCCUGGAACAAAAAGUUUACUUCAAAGGACAAUGCCUAGAAGAGUGGUUCUUCGAGUUUGGCUUUGUGAUCCCUAACUCCACAAACACUUGGCAGUCCUUGAUAGAAGCAGCGCCUGAGUCCCAGAUGAUGCCUGCCAGCGUCCUAACGGGCAAUGUCAUCAUAGAGACAAAGUUUUUUGACGACGAUCUUCUUGUCAGCACCUCCAGAGUGAGGCUUUUCUACAUUUGAGAGAAGAACUCGAGUGCACUUCCAAGAAUCUGGAACGGGGCAGGAGGAAGCUCUACAUUUUUCCUCUACACAGUUGAUUUUUGAUACUCCAGCUGACUCCUUCCACACAGAACCCACCUGUGGCACCAGGAGACCAGCUCUGUAUAGGUAGCCAGUUGGCUUUUCCUCCCAAACCUCCAUCCUCACUGACAAGACUAAACUCCCAACCCCAGCCCAGGGCAGGGGACAAGCCUUCCUAGUACGAACACGGGAGCAGACCCACACCAGGAACCACACUGUGCGUGUCACCUGCCCCACCUCCUCCGUGGGCCCUACAGGCUUUCUUUGGCCUCCAGUUUUGAAAAAAAUUACCUUUCUGACCCAUUUAGGUUUUUUCCUACCACUUCUAUUUCAUACAUUCUCAUACCUUUAACUUGUAAAAUAGACUAUUAUUAUUACAUAAUGUAAUUAAAGCAUUAAAAUAUUCCUACA